AUGACUCGAUUCUCGAUACCCAGGCAGUUCAGUAGAGACUCCGACACCCCCAGGCUCAAUCCCUCCUAUCGCCGGAAUGGAAAGCUGCAGUCGUGUGAGCCAUGCCGCAAGGGCAAACUCCGCUGCGAUCAUGUCAUGCCAACCUGUGGCAGGUGUGCUCGUCGCAACAAGCAGGACCAGUGUGUCUACCACCCCGCCCCCUUGACUCGCACUCGCUCUGCUGCCACUCCCCGCCUGUCUGAGCCUGUGCUCAGCCCGCCCCAAACCGCUUCCCCGGGCCAGCCCUCUCCUCGUACCGCCCAGCUGGAAUCCCGCUCCACCCCACUGCCCGCCGUCGACGAUGAUGCAGCCGAAACGGAGCUUCAAUGCAUUGCCUCUUCGGAAGUACGUCACCACGCCGGCUUCCUUGGAUCCACCAGCUAUUCCGCUGUCUUGACUGAAAACGAGGGUAGUCUCGGCUUGGGCCAGGAUGAAACCGCCUGUCAUUCCGGUGCCAACCCGAGAAUCAGUCCUGAACACGUCCAGCGGGGCGUCGAACUGCUCAGUCUUCUGAAGGACAUGCCCAUCUUCGACCGCUACAUACAGCGAUGGUACACCGUUACCCAAGGAGUAAUCACCAUUGAGCCCAUCGUCAAACAGUGGAUGGCCUCGCUGUGGUCCGAGUAUGCAGAGAUCCUUCAAGACCAGAACGUGGCACAGCUCAAAAGGCUGUCGGAACACGUCUGGCUCAACACCGAUCAGAAGCUACGAAGCGAGACCGUCAAGACGUCCCGCGACUGGAUUGAGCUGUCGACGGCCAAAAACCUCCGUUGGGAGGUUGUGGGCAUCGUCUUGUGCCUGGUGGGCGUGGUUGCCACAACAAUGCCAGAGUGGGACCCGCUCUUGGCCUUCAACCGCAGGUACAAAAGCAAGAGAAGCUUGAUCGUUGCCAUGUAUCGCGCUUCCGAUACGUGUUUGAAGUUUUGCGAGGAGACAUGUAUCCCGAACGACAUCGGCAUGUGGCUCAUGUACGAAACCAACUACAUCUAUCUUUUCUUGCAUGGCGACUCCUGCUAUGACAGCUGGCAGAGAUCGGGCCGGAUAAUGAACGCCAUCAUGGCUCUGGGCUGGCAUCAAGAAGUCAACUCAAAGGAUCUGCCAUUCUUUCUCGUCGAAAUCCGAAGGAGACUUGUCGCUUCGGCAUUCGCCCACGACAAAUGGUUGUCUGCGUUCCUUGGCAGGCCACCACGUCUCAGCUACCGCUACUGUGUGGUGCAGCUCCCCCUUGACCUUACGGAUAAACAGCUACUCUCACACGGUCCUGAACUUGAGGCUGCCCUUGCGACUCUCGACAGUGACGGGUGGUCGAAAGGCACACAGGUGCAAAGACGGACUUGGUCCCGAGCUUGGGUGCAAUACUGCACAAUCAGGGAAGAUAUUCUGGAGCUCUCUAUGGGCUCGCAAGUAGGCAACAUUGUCGAAAGGGCAAGAGACAUUCAGCGCAGAGCAGAGCAAACAUGGGACGCACUCCCUGAGUAUCUUCGCCAAGAACCAGAGCGCAUCUGGAAGAACCAAAAGCCACCUAUCGAGUGUCUCUACCUCGUUUUUAUCCAUAUCGAACACCUAUACAACGAAUUCCUUCUUCAGCGAGCGCUGAUCAAGCGGGCCGGUGCAGAUACCAGGGAUCUCCUGCAGGUGGCGGUCAGAUUACUCGCGGACAUUAUCACGGUCGCUGGGAAGCGGGAAGUCCUCGGCGAGUUUCAAGACGCCUAUCUAAUGCUCUCCAGCCCUGGUCUUCCGGCCUCAUGCGUUGUUGCAGUCGAGCUUCUUCGCCAAGAGCAAUACCCACACCAGCCCAUCUCUUUUCCGCUAAACCGAUCUCAGACCAUCCAAGACCUCAGCGUUUUUGCGAACGCUCUUGCAUAUGUGCCUGCAGAUGAGCCCAGCUCCUCAAUAUGUGCACAGGGCCGGAAAUUCCUCAAGCGUAUUCUGGACAAGAUCCUAAGCCCAGAAUCGCGUAGCGACGUCUACAUGGCAGAAAAUGGCUCGUCGUCGGUCAAUGUCGAUUUCUCAGUACCGUUUUCCGGAAACGACGCCGAGUUCAUGCCUUGGUUGGAAAGCGUUGACUGGGAUAGUCAGAGCUGGACCAUGUUCAGCUGA